UGACAUUUCAGUAAAUGGGGUCGGGGGUGAAACAUGCAGAGGAGGGUUUACGUUUUCAGUUCACCUCACGGAUAUUGAAAAUUGUGAUAAUUCCGAAACUCUGUAGUUAUUUAUUGCAUCAGUAAUGCAACGAGUGACAAUUUUGUAUCACAAUUUACCGCAUAAUAAUUAAACCCAAUGCUUUUUAUAAUGAAAACCGCUUUAGUUUAAUCGUACUGCGGUUGUUUGUGCUGAUGUUUUUUAGAAAUUUAAUAUUAAUUUAAUCAAUUUAAAUUCGUGCUAUCAUUUAGUUCGCUAAAGAAGUGUGCAAACUAUUAUAAUGUGCGAUGCUAUAAUUUAUUCGAUUAUUUCCCGAUUUUAAAUAAGCUUCUCCCUAAUUGAAUUAAAGCAAAGAGGUCACUAUAAAAAAUAAAAUAAAAAAAAUAUAAAGAUAAAACCGUGCCCUGUAAAAUGUCAGAAGGGCAAGGGGAACCGAACCAAGUGAAAAAAGAAAUUGUGGUGGCGGCAAAUGUACCUAGUGAUAGCCCCGUCACUGACCCUGGUCAUGUCAGAGGUGGUCCCACUGAAGGGACCGCGGGAAAAUUCGAAGGACAGCGCGCGAAAUCCAGCGCACUGAAGAAGUCCGCUCGGUAUAGAAGCAGAUCCCUGUCUGCCUCAUCGGCAGAUUCAUACAGUUCCACAUCCUACACAGGGUCAUCAUCCGACGAAGAUGAAGGAGUCCAACCGCACGAGAAGGCAAUCGCCGCGGGCCAAGCCAACCCUCCUUACUGCGUCAGGAACAUUGAGCAGCAUGCGUUUGGCAGACGGGAAAUAGAGAUAGCGGAACAAGAGAUGCCGGGAAUUAUGGCUUUGAAGGCGCGAGCGAAGGAAGAUAAACCUUUGAAAGACGCUAAGAUCGUAGGCUGCACACACAUUAAUGCGCAAACAGCGGUGCUGAUUGAAACGCUGGCCGCGCUUGGUGCGACCGUGCGCUGGGCUGCUUGCAACAUUUACAGCACUCAGAACGAGGUGGCGGCCGCUUUAGCGCACGCUGGUUUCGCCAUAUUCGCGUGGCGCGGCGAGAGUGAAGAAGCGUUUUGGUGGUGCAUAGAGCAGUGCUGUGCGCCUAACGCCGCCUGGCAGCCCAACAUGAUACUGGACGACGGCGGCGACGCCACACAUCUGAUGCUUAAGAAACACGCGCAGGCAUUCAAGCACAUCAAGGGUAUAGUGGAAGAGAGUGUGACCGGGGUUCAUAGACUAUACCAGUUGAGCAAAGCCAACAAGCUAUGCGUCCCCGCCAUGAACGUAAACGAUUCUGUAACGAAGACUAAGUUCGAUAACUUGUAUUCGUGUCGGGAAAGUAUAAUUGACGCGUUGAAAAGGAGCACGGAUUUAAUGUUUGGCGGGAAACAGUCUGUCGUUUGCGGCUACGGGGAAGUUGGCAAGGGGUGUUGCCAGGCUUUGAAAGCUUUAGGAUGUGUGGUGUAUGUCACAGAAAUCGAUCCGAUCUGCGCGCUACAAGCGGCCAUGGACGGUUUCAGAGUCGUGAAAUUAAACGAAGUAAUAAGGCAGGUGGACAUCGUAAUCACAGCCACUGGGAACAAAGGCGUAGUUACCCGAGAACACAUGGAACGUAUGAAGAACGGCUGCGUGGUAUGCAACAUGGGGCACAGCAACACUGAAAUAGAUGUGCACGCUUUAAGAACGCCCGAUUUGCUGUGGGAACGAGUUAGAAGUCAGGUAGACCACAUAAUCUGGCCGAACGGCAAGCGCAUAGUAUUACUAGCGGAAGGCAGGCUCGCCAACUUGUGUUGUUCGUCGCUGCCCUCGUUCGUGGUGUCGGUGACGGCGGCCACUCAAGCUCUGGCGCUCAUAGAGCUGUACAACGCGCCGCAGAACCGGUAUAAGGCUGAUGUCUACCUGUUACCAAAGAAAAUGGACGAAUACGUGGCGAGUCUUCACUUGCCAACGUUCGAUGCACAUUUAACGGAGCUGACUGACGAGCAAGCUAAGUACCUAGGCCUCAACAAAGUAGGACCUUUUAAACCGAACUAUUAUAGGUACUAGCAUAAACCCCGCUGAACGUCUAUGUAUAUAGGUCCAAAUGAGAUCCAAACAAUUUUUGUUGCAGUACCUAUUUUGUAAAAAAAAGAUUAAAAAUAAAAAUGUUCCAAAUCCGAAUACGAAACCGGGCAAUUUUUCUAGGGCUGGGUGCAUAUACGCAUGUACGGUGUCCUGAUCAGGAAUUCCGAUUCGGAAACGCGAAUCCACGUCCUUACAUACAAAAUGCUCA